UUUUUUUCAACUAGUAACAUUUUAUCAAUGAGUGUUCUUCCGUCGGUGGUGUGCCGGUUUCUAAUUUUUACAAUUUCCAGUUUUAUUAUCUAAAGUUUUGAAGAAACAGUGUGAACAAUGCAUACAGAAACGACAUUAACACUUAUACAGAUAUUAGAAAAGACUGUGUCACCAGAUCGAAAUGAAUUGGAAGCUGCAGAAACCUACCUUGACCAUGCAGCGGUUACUAAUUUUACAACAUUUAUCAAAAUGUUGUCGGAUGUCCUGGUUGCGGGAGGCAACAGUCAGGUGGCUAGGAUGGCUGCAGGUUUACAGCUAAAAAACCACCUAACCUCUAAAGAUCCUACACUAAAGCAACAGUACCAACAAAGGUGGCUGGCUCUUCCUGAGGACAUCAGAUUAUACAUUAAGAAAAACAUUCUAACAGCAAUUGGAACUGAAAAUAGUAGGCCUAGCUCAGCUGCUCAAUGUGUGGCCUAUGUAGCAGUGGCUGAACUCCCCGUAGGACAGUGGAAUGAUCUGAUACCCAUUCUUGUAGAUAAUGUUGUUAAUGCUCAAUCUACAGAACUUAAAAAAGAAGCAACAUUAGAAGCAAUUGGUUACAUCUGUCAAGAAAUUGAUGCAGAAGUCUUAACAGAACAAAGCAACCCCAUUUUAACUGCUAUCAUUCAUGGAAUGAGAUCUAUUGAAACCAGCAACCAUGUCCGUCUUGCUGCCACUCAAGCUUUACUGAACUCCUUAGAAUUUACUAAAGCCAACUUUGAUAAUGAAAAUGAAAGGAAUUUCAUCAUGGAAGUUGUAUGUGAAGCUACUCAGUCCAGUGACAUGAGAAUAAGUGUUGCAGCUCUCCAGUGCUUAGUUAAGAUUCUCUCAUUGUACUACCAAUACAUGGAACCAUAUAUGGGUCAAGCACUAUUUCCAAUCACUUUAGAGGCUAUGAAAUCUGAUGUUGAUGAAAUUUCACUUCAAGGCAUUGAAUUUUGGUCUAAUGUUAGUGAUGAAGAAAUUGAUCUUGCUAUAGAAGAAGUAGAGGCAGCUGAAGCAGGACGACCUCCAGCACGUACUUCAAGAUUUUACGCCCGAGGUGCCUUGCAAUACCUUGCACCUGUCCUUAUGCAAAAAUUAACGAAACAAGAUGAUACAGAAGAUGAACUAGAAUGGAAUCCCUCCAAAGCUGCUUCUGUUUGUCUCAUGCUUUUAUCAAACUGCUGUGAAGAUGAAGUUGUUCCCCAUGUACUACCUUUUAUUAAUUCCAAUAUCAAAAAUGAAAAUUGGCGGUAUAGAGAAGCUGCCUUGAUGGCAUUUGGUUCUAUACUUGGUGGACUUGAAGCGAAUACUCUGAAGCCAUUAGUUGAAAAGGCUAUGCCAACCCUGAUUGAAGCCAUGUAUGAUUCUAGUGUUGCUGUGCGAGACACAGCUGCCUGGACAUUUGGGAGAAUUUGUGAAAUAGUACCAGAAGCUGCAAUUAAUGAAACCUAUUUGAAACCACUUUUGGAAAGUCUUGUCAAUGGACUUAAAGCAGAGCCACGUGUAGCUGCUAAUGUAUGCUGGGCUUUUACAGGGCUGGCAGAAGCUGCUUAUGAAGCAGCUGAUUGUGGAGAUUCCAAUCAACCUAAAACCUACUGUAUGUCAAAAUACUUUGAUUUUAUUGUUCAGAGGCUUCUUGAAACUACUGAUCGCCAAGAUGCAGCACAACAUAAUUUAAGAUCAGCUGCAUAUGAGGCCCUUAUGGAAAUGGUUAAGAAUUCUCCUACUGACUGUUAUGUAACAGUGCAGAAAACGACUAUGGUUAUUUUGGAAAGACUUCAACAAGUAUUGCAAAUGGAGAAUCACAUUUCCAGUCAGGCUGAUCGUUCACAAUUUAAUGAUCUACAAAGUCUGCUGUGUGCUACAUUGCAGUCUGUACUCCGUAAGGUAACUCCAGAAGAUGCUCCACAAAUAUCAGAUGCCAUAAUGACUGCCUUAUUAACCAUGUUUGCUGGGAAUGCGGGAAAAGCUGGUGGAGUUCAAGAAGAUGCUUUGAUGGCAGUCUCAACACUAGUUGAAGUGUUAGGAGAAGGCUUCCUUAAAUACAUGGAUGCUUUCAAGCGAUACCUAUAUGUUGGACUUAAAAAUCAUCAAGAAUAUCAAGUUUGUAUAGCAGCUGUUGGACUCACUGGAGAUAUUUGUCGCGCAUUGAAAAGUAAAGUGCUACCAUACUGCGAUGAGAUUAUAGUGUUGUUAUUGGAAAAUCUUGGAGAUCCAUCAAUUCACCGAUCUGUGAAACCACAGAUUUUGUCUGUGUUUGGAGAUAUUGCCAUAAGCAUUGGUCCCGACUUUGCCAAGUACUUUGAUGUGGUGAUGCAGAUGUUGUUGCAGGCUAGCAAUGCUCAAGUAGAUCGUAAUGAUUACGAUAUGGUCGAAUAUUUAGGUCAGCUUCGCGAAAGUGUGCUGGAAGCCUAUACUGGCAUAAUCCAAGGCUUGAAGGGUCCCACUGGCGAGGUGAGAUCUGAUGUGGCACUUGUGGAACCACACGUGCCGGCCAUUGUAACAUUCAUGAUGCAAGUGGCUUGUGAACCCGAGCGCACGGAGGGGCACAUGUCGGUGAUCGCAGGACUGACUGGGGACCUGUGCAUGGUAUUCGGACAGCGUGUUCUACCACUCCUGGAGACUCGGCCCCUAUUGGAUUUGCUGCAGGCGGCUCGACGAUCUCGUACUCCUCGCACUAAGGCACUUGCAAACUGGGCGACGAAGGAAAUGCGCAAGGUCAAGCACCAAACGCCUCUCACUAGCUGAUUUGAACCUCUUCUAAAACAUCUACGUGAAUCAACGCAGCUUGAGAUAAUUUGCCGCUGGUAAACUCGACUGUGUUGGCAGGCAUAUUAUGUCCAUAUUAAUAAGUCGUUAGGUGCAUUUGUUAGAGGCCUGUAUUAUGUUAAUCUAUUGCCAACAUUUUAUAAAGUAGUUAUCUCGUGUUCAUAGGCUUGUAUAGCCUUUAUAAGUAAUUAAUAUUCAAGUAUGUAUUGUACAUCUAUUAUAUUACAUAAUAAAUGAAUAUUUGUCUACUUUAGUAACAUGUUACCAUUACUGUAGCAUAGUAACAUCCAUUGCUUUAUUUUAAUUUAAUGAGCAUUGUACCAUGACAAGGCAGUCUUUAUUGUAUCAGUAACAGUCAAAAAUGGAUGAAUGUUUAUAAGCUAGUGAAAUGUUAUUAUGUUAAAUGUUUUGCAUAUAAGAAAAAUGCUAAUAUCACGUUUUUUUUUGCUUUUUCUUAAAAUCACGUAGUGAUUUUUGGCCCCGAACAAUGCACUUAGCGUAGCAUUAUUAAAACUUUAAUCUAUGUGCCUGACCAUAAUUUUCCAUAAUUAUUAUCUUAAAGUUGAAGCAUUUUUCCUAUUUGGUAUUAUAAAUACAGACAGUGGCUGUGGUAUCUUUACUUAUGUGAGAUAAAGUGAUAGUUUGAAAGGGACGUGUGAAAGGUGACGUAUGUUAUUUUAGGCAUGCACAUGUGCAAGGGAUUAUGAAUUUUAUAAAUUAUUAUUAUGUUUUGUAAGAUGAAUGAAAGAUUUUAUGGAUGGAUAGGAAUGCAUGUGUAGAUGCGUGCAUGAUUAUCUCAGAUAUUUUAUAAACUUAGGCAUUGUCGAUCAUAAUGGAAAUUCGGUAUAUUAAUGUAUGUUUAAGAUUCCGUCGACAUUACUAGAGACUGAAGGACGCCAUAUUGGCGACGAUUCUUUUUUAUUCAUCGCAAUUCAAGUAAAAUGAAAAUAUUUCUUACUACGGUAUUUGGUAAACGUUGCAUCAAUAAACUUACGGG